GUACAGCUGAACGAGUGAGCUUCUCGCGCAUUCUCCGUAACUGUGAAGUAGAUUGUUCACUUUUGUUGCUCCCUGUGUGUAAUGUUGAUCGGAAAUUGAUCUUAAAUCACCAUUCCUAAAGUAUCAUUAUUGUAAUAGUUUAGCAUAGGCACUCGUGUAUCGGUAUAGGAGAAGUUGUAGAUCGCAUAAAAACGCAGAUCGAAACAGCCAGAAAGGACAACCUAAAAAAUCGCUUCGGGAAAGUGAGAUCUAGAGUGCUUUGGUGCGUAUGCAGUUGUGGGAAAAGUAAAGUGUGAAAGCCACGCAAAAGUUUCACUUAGUGCUUAAAUUGGUGCGAAUUUCAGUGGAUUAAGUUAAGUGCAAAGUAUCAUCGAACGGCUAGCAGCAGGAGUAAAAGAGAUAGUCCAAGUGUCGGACCCCAACGCACACAUACAGUUUACACAGACACGGAAACCAGUUACGAGUUUGCCGUCUCAUUUGCUGGCUCUCGAUCGCUCACUAGCUCACAGAGAUCCAGCUAGAGGGAAAAAAACACACGAAGUGCUCGACAGCAUUUGUGACGACGGUGACGUGUUGUGUGUUUGAAAGUUCGCUGAAGUUAGACAUCGAGUGGACAACCGACCGAGCGCUUUUACUCGCCAGUUAUCGUUUAGGAUUAGCAAAUAGCAGUCAGGUGCCGCCAUCAAGAUAGAUCAUCCAAAUCGUCGCGGUUCUAGUGUCGUGAUAGCAUUUACAUCGAUUUGGCCAGCGAACGGGCAGCAGUAGGUACGGUGCGGCGAUGGCGUCCACGCUGAUGUUCUGGAACAAGCAGAACUCCAACAGCCAAAACGGGAACGAUGCCAAGAAUACAAAGAACGGUCGCAAUUGGCUACACGCGCCCGACGUGCUGGUCAACGGUCAUGUUGCCUAUCUAGUCAAAUUCCUCGGAAGCACGCCCGUCGAGCAAGCGAAAGGAAUCGAGGUAGUGAAAGAAGCCAUCCGGAGGUUACAGUUCACACAGCAGAUGAAAAAGGCGGAAGGUGGCAGCAACGUCAAAACGAAGAAAGUCGAGAUCACUGUCAGUGUGGACGGUGUAGCGAUACAGGAACCCCGCACCCAGACGAUCCUGCAUCAGUUCCCGCUUCACAAAAUCUCGUACUGUGCCGACGAGAAGGGCGUGAAAAAAUUCUUCAGCUUCAUCGCCAAAACUGGCAGCGGGGCGUCAACGCAAUCAUUAAGUGCCGCCAGUGACGAUACGCAUUCGUCUCACUCGGCCGAUCAGGAUGGACAGCACGAGUGUUUUGUGUUUAUCUCGAACAAGCUCGCGUCGGACAUUACGCUCACGAUCGGGCAGGCGUUCGAUCUAGCCUACAGGCGUUACGUGAACGACAGUGGUAAAACUGUGGAGGCAUCAAAGUUGCAAACCCAGAAUAAACAACUGGAGAACACGGUCUCUGUGUACCGUCAACGCCUGAAGGACCUCUCGGAGUUGGUGUCGAAGCCGGACUUAGAUAAAUUGCUACUGAGACUAGGUCUUCGAGAUAUCUGCGAAGUGCCAGCGUUGGAAAACGGCGUCAAUAACCACAUGGCCACAGUCAAUGGUAGUAAGACGCCUGAUUUAGGUAUUGAUGUGUCGUUACCAAACAACGACGAUCAACUAUUGAUCGAAACAUCGCCGAAGCACUUUGCUCCACUUGUUCCACCCAGAAAUAUCCAGAAUCAGAUCAACAGCACACUUGAAGCAUUCAAACCUUCGGUCGGAACAAAGAUGGAAGGUUUGCUGUUAAAUUCCGACUCGGAUAGUGAUUUUGAUCCGCGUGCUCCGGACAAUGAUAGUCCUUCAAUCGGUGGAAAUAAAAUCAGCAAUGAUCUAUUCGGAUUCGAACCACCGAGACAAAGCAUAGGGCAACAGUUGUUUACUAGCAGCAGUAGCAACCAUAACAGUUUUACCAACGGGAACCAUGGUAGCAACGGAUUCGGUGCUCCCACAAGUCCUCCUCCAAUUCUGGCUCCUCCUCCACAAAAAUCUGCCCCGCGAAGGACAACCUCAUCCCACCAGAACACCGGCGGUGCCACCAAUGGUAACGGAUAUCAGGAUUUGUUUGGAUCGGCACCUUUCAAUCCACAGGACACAACAUUUGACGGUUCCUUCACGCAGAGCGUACAUUCUGCCGCUCUCUCAAACAGUACAUUCACGGAUGAGAUCAAAAUUUUUGCCGAUAACUCUUCCAAACUGGACGACGUACUGUCUUUGAACAAUGGUUUUUACACGUCUUCGCAAUCAGCAGCAGCAACAGCCACAAGUUCAUUUUCGAACCCAUUUGCAACAUUGGCCGCCCCUGCAAAAAGCAUCCUUAGAAACAAUCCACUUGCCGCGGUACAACAUAAUGCUAGGGCGUACGACAUGUUCCAGAAUAACAGCGACGUAGAAAUGCUUACCGGUAGUAUUCCAUCCUCCUUUUCAUCUGACAAUACCCGUGCCGACCAACAGUCGAUGCCAUCGACGACAUUGCCCAGCUCAAAUACGAUUACGAACGCUGACCUGGCUAAUUCGGAAGCACUAUUUCAAGAUUUUGCUCUAUCGGCGUUUAAUGAAUUCAAGAGAGAUUUAAGUUGCUCUAGAAACCGCCAGAGAGGUAGCGCGAACCGUGCUGGCACAAACGGAAAGCAUACGUCGACGAUGGCCACGAAAGAACUCGGUGCUGGCAAGGGUACCAUCAUCACGGGGAAUCACAACUUCAAUGGUGCACGUUUGAUCACUACUAGUCCUCCGUCACAGUUCCACCAGAAGACUAUAUCCAAAAACGGCAUGUUUAGCUCGGACGACCUGCUGGAUACGUUCGAUCCGCUAAAAAAGUGAUGGGAAAUCACUAAUCAAUAACCGAAAAAUUAAACCCUCUACGGUUCCGUCUGAUAUAUUUUGUUUACUUUCUCUGUGGUACGUUGUUUGAUUCUGCUGGUUUGAACAAAACGCCACCCUCCCAUUCACACUAGAUCUAUCUUCAGAUUUUUUGUUUGUAACGAGAGAAUCUCUACAAUUAUGCAUAUACAUUUAUUAAUCAUUAGUCUUCUUUUACCCUAGAGAUCUGUUGAAGAGCGAAUGGAUGCGAAAGUUUGUUUAUGAUUAUGCUAUUUUUUACUAGGAAAAACUAUUUGAAAUAUCAAUUUAAUGUUCAAAAGCCAUUGGCUACAUAUUGUGGAAAAUAUAUUUUUGUAAUUGAAUUAAUUGGCAAAUUAGGAACAAUCAAGCUAAAGUAUUAACUCAAUCACCGAAAAUAAAUUUACAAUUUUGUAGGUUAAUCAA